GGUCGGUGUGAGUGUAAUUGAGUGAGGACAUACACAAGAGCAGCAACUCUUUGUUAACAAAAGCUAAAGGACACACCGUUACCAUCAGCUCUAAAGGUUGAUCUUCCCUUGUGGUGGUUCAGUAUUGGAAGAGGUCAGUUUCAACCUGUGGGCCUGAUUGCUCUGAAUCACUUUAGUGUUUAGCAACAGUAAGAGGACAAAGGGGCGCGAUAGGAGACAAGCUGGACGACUCAGGUCCGCGGGAGGGCGAAUGCCCAGCAUUCGUCUUGAGACGCAGAGUGUGUACCUCCAACCAUGAGGCCAACACCAGUAUCGACGACUCCGCCACAGACGGCAUAAGCCCUGGCUCAAACUUAGGAACUUCUAAUUCAGAUUGUACACAAAAUGGGACGAUGCCCAGAACGGUACAUAAUGAAGAAGAGAAGAGGACGAAGCAAGAGGAAGAGAAAAACUCUGACGAAGGCUUUAUGGGGAUGACGCCACUGCUGCAGGCCCACCACGCUAUGGAAAAAAUGGAGGAGUUUGUCCAUAAGAUGUGGGAGGGCAGAUGGCGUGUUAUUCCUCAUGACGUCCUUCCUGACUGGCUGAAAGACAAUGACUUCCUUUUGCAUGGGCACAGACCACCUAUGCCAUCUUUCAGAGCAUGUUUUAAGAGCAUCUUCAGAAUCCACACAGAAACUGGCAAUAUAUGGACUCAUCUUCUUGGAUGCCUGUUCUUUCUGUGCCUGGGCAUUGUAUACAUGUUUAGACCCAACAUGUCGUUCGUGGCCCCAUUUCAGGAGAAGAUAGUGAUUGGUGCAUUCUUCCUAGGGGCCAUCCUUUGCUUAUCCUUCUCCUGGCUUUUCCACACAGUGUACUGCCAUUCGGAGGGUGUCUCCCGUAUAUUCUCAAAGUUGGACUACUCAGGCAUAGCAUUCCUGAUUAUGGGUAGUUUUGUGCCGUGGCUUUACUACUCCUUCUACUGCUCCCCUCAGCCCUGUUUUAUCUACCUGAUAGUAGUGUGUAUUCUGGGUCUCGCUGCCAUCACCGUCUCACAGUGUGACUUCUUUGCCACGCCGCAGUACAGAGGGGUCAGAGCUGGUGUGUUUGUGGGACUUGGUUUGAGCGGUGUCGUCCCCACACUGCACUUCGUCAUCUCAGAAGGCUUCUUUAGGGCCACCACAAUUGGCCAGAUGGGAUGGCUUUUCCUCAUGGCUGUCCUCUACAUCACUGGAGCCUGCCUUUAUGCAGCACGCAUCCCUGAGAGAUUCUUUCCUGGCAAAUGUGACAUCUGGUUCCACUCACAUCAGCUGUUCCAUAUUUUGGUGGUAGCGGGAGCGUUUGUACACUUUCAUGGUGUAUGUAACCUGCAGGAGUUGCGCUACACUGUGGGAGCAGGUUGUACAGAAGAUGGCACUCAUUGAGCAACACCAGGGGGAAGAUGAAGCUUCCUGUACCAUCACUGGCAGUAACUACUUCCCCCUCCCCAUGCCUCACUCCCCCACAGAGGACAUCGUUCAGCGAAUUCAGUUUUUUUGUUUUUGUCAUUGUUCCUUGAAUAAAAUGCAUUGGCGUGAUUCAGUGGACGCAGGCUGGGGAAAGUUACAAUUCUACAAUAUUGAUUUUGAAUUCUGUUCCAUAAAUUUGUGGAGGGAAAAGAAGCGCUUGAUCACUUGCUGUUUAAAAGAAAAAGAUGGUGUGGGAAUAAUAUAAUUAUAUGAGUUUUCAAUUUAAUGUUGAAAAGGAUUUUCACUGUUUUCAUGUAAAUAAGAUUUUUAAACUUGGGUUAUAGAUUUAUACAAAUAUAUUAAAUAAAAAAAAAUCAUCAUAGUAUUGUUAAAGUGAGAGAAAAAGUAAAGAUGAUGCAAAAAUAGGUGCACAUAACUGCACUUCAGAAAUGAAAGGAAAAAAAAGAGAGCGAUGGAAAAAUAGUACGAUUUUAGAAAACAAUGUAAUACAGUUACACAUACUGCUGUGUAAAAUUAAAGGUUUACCACUUUUUUCUGGGUCAAUCAUCACAGUGAUGUAUUUAAGAAAGCAGGCCCUUUUUAGUACAGGUCUGUAUUCUGGGAUCAUCAGAUGGAGCGGUGACUCAGGAGGACUUGGUCUAGAUAAAAAGCCAUAGUCCUGACAUGGGCCAGGUACAGAAGCCUUACAUAAUUUCAGGCUCUCGUACUUUCAUUUACUUCAUAUACAAAUCAAAUAAAAUUUUCAUGUCUCUAGCACCUCAGGCCACAUUUGUAAUUUCUUUUACUAGUCAAAGCAUAUGGAUGUGAGAAUUCCAACAAAGACACACCAAUGCCAGUUUUGCUUCCUGGCCUAAAACACAUUUAAUUGCAAGUUUCUUUAUUCUGCAAUAGAUCAGAAUAUUUAUUUUUCUAUUGAUUAAGUUUCCCCUUGUGCAGGAAAAUGACUAGUUUGCUUCAGUAAGGCUUUCUCUCAAUGCUCACUCAUUCAGGAACACAGAGGGCUCAUGGGUCGAUGUUACAGAUCCAAUAAAAAAGCACUGUGGUUAGCAAUUAGGACCCAUAAAGUAUUGUUACAGUCAAGGUUGGAGUUGAACCUGUUUUUCAACCUUAGACUGGCACAUCAUCAUGGGAAAUGUAUGUAUGUGGGUUUCUGUCCGAGUUACCGGAGCAGACAGCACAACCCACUCAGGAAUUGAUUUUUUUGUUUUUUUAAACAAGAUCAAAUAAUUUGUGGGCAUGGAACAUCGGACUGUCUUCUUGAUUAAACAUUGCAAAGUGUUGCUGUUGCUGCCAUUACAUGUAUAACGGGCCCAACUUGAUCCUAGAGCUGAACUACUUGUCAGAUGGAGCAAAAGAGAGUGGACUCUGGGUUCAGUUUUACAAGCUGUUCAGCCUUUUUUUAUUCUCCAGCAUUAAUACAGAAACAGGGAGGUGAAACCCAAAACUUUCACCCUUUGUUUAAUGUUAUGAGUCAAUCCUUACAAGCAACAGCUCUGGGGGUCUUUUACCAGCCAACACGAGGCCCAACGUUACAAGUUGUAUUAAUUUUAAUAAGAUUUAUUUCUUAUUAUUAUUCUUUUCUGAUUAAUUUAUUAUUGAUGUGUGAGAGGUGCAUAAUAUUUCUUGUUGAAGCACAGAAGUUCUGCAGUAGAACCUUUAUAUCUGCUGUAUUGUUCUAAUAAAAUGUUUUUGAAUUCUA